AUGUUUAUGUUUAUAAAUAAACCGGACACAGUUGGCGGCGAUAAUUAUGAUGAUUCGGAAACAGAUGGUUCAAUAAUUAGCGAAACUGAGCCUCGUGCAACAUUUAGUAUUGAGAAUCCCGUUGAAGAUAUAUCAUUUCAAACAAUACGCGAUGUAUUUAAUUCAAAUGAAACACCUCAAGCACGUUUUAAUGAAAACCGACAUUUAAUUGAAGAAUUUCGUACAAAACCAUUUGAAGAAUUAAAACAUCGUGUUCAUGAAAAACAGCGACAAGUCGAUCAACGAAUAGGACAACUAUUAAGUGUUCUCUAUUUAUCAAAAGAUAAAUUACCAAUAACUACAACAACAACGAUAACAGCAUCAAAUGGAAUUGUAUCUAAUCAUCAUACACCAACAAUCAAUGGAACAUUAAAAUCUCAUAUAAAUAGUUUUAAUUAUCCUGAAUUGUUUACUUAUUAA